GCCUCCUCCCUCUCCUCUCUCGCCACGCCGCAGUUGGGAGCCAGGCCCCCAACUCUUAUCAAACCCUAAAACCAAAAAAUACCUCAAAAAAAUCCGCAAAAUCACGAAAAAAAAUCUACCUUUCGAUCGGUGAUGGCGGCGCAGGCGGCGAGCUCGGCGUCGGAGGGCGGCUCCCCGGCCGCGGCGGCCGCUGCGGCUGCGGCGGCGGCAUCGUCGUUCCCGGCGACAUCGCUUUACGUGGGCGACCUCGACGUGAGCGUGCAGGACGCGCAGCUCUUCGACGUCUUCGCCCAGAUCGGCGGCGUCGUCUCCGUGCGCGUCUGCAGGGACGUCACCUCGCGGAAGUCGCUCGGAUACGCCUACGUCAACUACAACACCCCGGCUGACGCUGCACGGGCUCUUGAAAUGCUCAACUUCACUCCUAUCAAUGGGCGGCCUAUCAGGAUAAUGUAUUCUAACCGUGACCCCAGCUUGCGCAAGAGUGGCACAGCAAAUAUAUUUAUUAAGAAUCUUGACAAGUCAAUUGACAACAAAGCUUUGUAUGACACAUUUUGUGUGUUUGGAAACAUUCUUUCAUGUAAAGUUGCAACAGAUCCUGCUGGGGAAUCAAAGGGCUAUGGCUUCGUUCAGUAUGAGCGGGAUGAGGCUGCUCAUGCUGCUAUCGAGAAACUGAAUGGGAUGCUUAUGAAUGACAAGAAGGUGUAUGUUGGGCCUUUCGUUCGUAAGCAGGAGAGAGAUAACUCUCCCGGCAAUGUCAAGUUCAAUAAUGUCUAUGUUAAGAACCUAGCUGAGACUACCACUGAAGAUGACUUGAAGGAAAUCUUUGGGAAGUUUGGAGCAAUAACAAGUGUUGUUGUAAUGCGGGAUGGGGAUGGAAGAUCCAAGUGUUUUGGAUUUGUGAAUUUUGAAAGUCCAGAUGAAGCUGCUCUGGCUGUUCAAGAUUUGAAUGGCAAGAAAUUUAGUGACAAGGAAUGGUAUGUUGGAAGAGCGCAGAAAAAGUCAGAAAGGGAGAUGGAAUUGAAAGAGAAGUUUGAAAAGAACCUUCAAGAGGCAGCGGAUAAGUAUCAGAAUACCAACUUGUAUCUGAAGAACUUGGAUGAUACUGUUGACGAUGAAAAGUUGCGUGAACUUUUUGCUGAUUUCGGAACUAUUACUUCCUGCAAGGUUAUGCGUGAUUCAAACGGCGCUAGCAGAGGUUCUGGAUUUGUCGCUUUUAAAUCUGCUGACGAUGCUUCCCGAGCUCUUGCUGAAAUGAACAACAAGAUGGUUGGCAAUAAACCACUUUAUGUUGCACUCGCACAGCGCAAGGAAGACAGGAAAGCUAGGCUGCAGGCACAGUUUUCACAAAUGCGUCCUGUUCCAAUGGCUCAAACUGUUGGUCCUCGUAUGCAAAUGUUACCUCCUGGUGUUCCAGUUGGUCAGCAAAUGUUCUAUGGCCAGCCACCAGCGUUUAUUAACCCACAGCCUGGAUUUGGCUUCCAGCAACCUUUCAUGCCGGGAAUGAGGCCAGGUGGUGCUCCGAUGCCAAACUUUAUGAUGCCUAUGGUUCAGCAAGGACAACAACCACAACGCCCAGCUGGUAGGCGAGCUGGUGCUGGUGGAAUGCAGCAAUCCAUGCAGAUGGGUCAGCAGCAGAUGAUGGGUAGGGGUGGUGGUCGUGGUUACCGCUAUCCGACCGGGCGUGGCAUGCCUGAUCCUGCGAUGCAUGGUGUUGGGGGGGUGAUGACAUCCCCAUAUGAGAUGGGAGGGAUGCCUAUGAGAGAUGCCGGUGCGUCACAGCCAGUUCCAAUUGGGGCAUUGGCUUCUGCACUUGCCAAUUCACCCCCAGAGACGCAAAGAAUGAUGCUUGGCGAGAACUUGUACCCUCUUGUUGAUCAGCUGGAGCACGACCAGGCUGCCAAGGUGACCGGCAUGCUUCUGGAGAUGGACCAGACUGAGGUGCUUCACCUGCUUGAGUCGCCAGACGCUCUCAAGGCCAAGGUUGCUGAAGCCAUGGAGGUUCUCCGCAGCGCUCAGCAGCACACCAACCAGUCCCCUGAGCAGCAGCUGGCUUCGCUCUCGCUGAAUGACGGCCUCAUCUCUUCCUAAGCUCUACGGCGACAAUUUUUGCACCAUAUCAAACUUAUCUAGACUGAAAAUGACUUGGUUUAUUAUUGGAGACUUAGCUUUUGCCGUUAGUUGAAUUAGUCUUUUAGGCUUCCCAUGGAUUGGCUUUUAUUUGCAUGGAUUGGUUGUUUUGUUUAAGUUGUCGUCAUCUUGUCACUGAA